AUGGGACGAUCCCCCGGGCGCGAGCAUCGCGCGCAGGGCGAGCAGCGAGUCCUUCCCGCCGCUCCAGAACAGCGCGGUCGCCUUCGUCGGCAGAGCGCCCUCCUUCGGGACGUGCAUCACGCUCGGGACCUGGAUCUUCUCCGGUUUCUCCUCGUCCUUGACGUUCUCGUGCGCGUACGCGCAGUGCCUGCACCCGUUGCCGCAGCACACUCCGCGCGCGAGAUGCUUCACCCUCGUCAUCACGGUGAGCCCGGUGCACGGAUCGACGUAGAAGUGGUCUCCGCGAGCGCACGCGGUCUCGUGGUGAUCGUCCCAGCAGAUGUCCUCGAUGUCCGGGAGCGCCCCGGGUUUCGCGCGAGGGAUAUACACGCCCUCGGCUUUGAUGUCCUCCAUCGACAUGCAGCUCAUGACGACGGCGGCGCUGAGAACGUCCGUCCGUCUCUCAGCGCCCCGGGGAGGCGCGACCGAUCGUCCGUCCGUCCCUCAGCGCCCCGGGGAGGCGCGACCAAAAAGUGCCCUCGAGCCCGCCGUUUGACGCGCGAAAAAGCGCGCGCUGCAACGACUCUUUAUCCGUCCGAGUCAGCACCACGGCGUCACACCAUGGCGCAGCCGGUCGCGCACCUCGUCCCGUCGAGCGCGGCGCUCCCGCGUCGCGUCUCGUCGCGACCCCGCGGACGACGCUCGCUCGCCGUCCGAGCCGGCGGCGUCGCCGCGUUCGAGGACGUCGAGCAGCUGUGGGGUGCCGUGCACAUCGACGCGACGACGAAGGAGCGCUGCUGGUUCGCCGCGUACGACGCGCCGUUCCACGGCGUUCCCUCCGGGCCGUACAUGGGAGGGAGAGUCGCGGACAUGAACGCGCACAUCGCGAAGCGGCACCGCGUCUUCUUAGAGCGCUCCAGGAGGGAGCUGUGCGGUCACGAGAUCGCGCCCCAGGAGUUCGCGGAGGCGCUCGAGCGAAUGCGGAGCGUCCUCGGCGUCGGCUUGGACGGCGCGGUGAAGUGCGUGUUCGGCGAGCCGUCGCUGCUCGCGGCGGACAAGGCCGAGCUCGUGCGCGGCCUCGUGACGUUGCGGAUCGAACACGAGGGCGAGGACAUCGCGGAGCUCGUCGUGAAGAGCCGAGGCGCGUUGUUAGCGGGCGCCGCGCACGUCGUCUGCGAGGCGGAGGACGACGACCGCGCCUCCGCCGCCGACGACGACGAUCCGGAAGACCUGAGGUGGAUCUCGUGGUACUCGAAGAAGACGAAGGAGGUGGAGACGAGCGCGCGCGAUCAUAGAAGUAGAUACGAGCGGCGACUACGACCCUAGCUGAUGUCUAUGACUACCUACGAUGCUUCUC